CUCCACGUGGACUACUACUCCCCCUUUCCCCCCUGAUUGCCCCCUGGCCAUGGAGCUGAAAGUCCUGUGUGGAGCUCUCUUCUGGCUGCUGCUGCCUCUGUCCCUCUUAGCAGCUUGCGUGUUUCGUUACAACGCGUUAUCUUUGAUCUACCUGCUUUUCCUGCUGCUAUUACCAUGGUUCGCUGGUCCUUCGGCUCAGAGCAUGCAAGGUCACACGGGCCGCCUAUUAAAAUCUUUGCUUGCCAUCAGCCUCAUUUUCCUGUGUUCACAACUCAUCUUCCAGCUUUGCCUCCAUAUGGUGCCUGAACUGAAUGAUCUACUGGGCUACAAUUGUAGUGGUUGGGAAGUUCUGGUUCGACAUGUUGGAGUAUCUCGGUUAGACAUCUACGACAUCCCCAACACCGCGCGGCUGGUGACUCCGGAUUUAGGCAUGUUCUUGCUAUCCGCUGUAUGUCUGGGAUUGUGCAACCGCUUGGUGCCCCGGCGAACUUCUCCAUCGCCACGCGGGAGAGUCAACAGGUCAACAGAUGUGACGGAACAGGAAGAUGAAGAGCUGAGGGAGACGGGGACUGGAAAUGAAGACACAGAGGAGAAAAAGGACAUUGAUGAGGCUCAUACCUCUCUACAUGAUGGGGUGCUGGCUUCAAAAAUCAAGGAGGCUGUUCCCAAGCUACUGGAGGCAUUGAGGAAAUGUCUGGCUCUGUUGCUGCUUGCAUUAGCAGGAAUCACUGUCCCCUCUGCCUUUUCUGCCGUCUACUACCUGGUUUUUAUUGGCUUUUGCACAUGGUGGGCCUGCCACUUACCCAUUAGCUACAUUGGAUUAAACACCCUUAGCGUUAUGGUUGGCUUUUUUGCUGGAGGUCACCUAAUCUGUCUGUAUGGCUACCAAACUCCAUUCAUCCAGGACCUCUUCCCUCCAGGAGAGCUGUGGGCAAGACUAUUUGGCCUGCAUGACAUUGUUAAUUACGGCAACUGCACGGGUAGCUUUGAUGAGCUCAUUCUGAACCAGAGCCAUGACUGGCCAGUUUAUGUGAACCCGGGAAUUUUGCUGCUGCUCUACUACUCGGUCAUCUCCUUGUUGAAGCUGAAGAAGCUGAAGAAGCCCAGCAGUGUAAGGACUGUUUCUCAGAAGCAGGAAAAUGUCCAGGUUGAAGCUUGUGACACUAAAGCGCCUUUGAAGGAGGACCUGGAAAUGGCAAAGGUGGAAUCAUGGCCAAAAGAAAGGAACCGCUUUGGGGAGGAGACUAAGCCCAUGUUGCCAAGUGACAGUGAAGCAUGGGGAGAAGAUCAGCAGGAUUUUACCGUUCAUGUUAUCCAGCCACCUUUUACUACAUACCCUGUUUGCAAUGUUUGCGGACGUACCCACAAGAACACGCAGGUCCGGAUGGAUGACUUCAGGGAGUAUCGUAACAAACGGACUCUGUCCUCCUGUGGGAGCUGGAUCCCCAACUCCCUUUCCCAUUGGUCAAUGAAAUAUAGUGGUGGUUCUAGGUCCUUGGUGAGGGCGACCUGCAGGGGCUCCGGAGUCAGGAUAAAAAUGAAGGGCGAGAGGGGACACCCCUGCCUGGUUCGAUUGGAUAUCGGGAAGGAGGCGGACAACAUUCCGUUGACACAGACCCUAGCAGUUGGCUGGGAAUAUAAGGCCAAAAUCCACGCGAGCAUACCCGGACCCACCCCCACGUGCUCCAACGUGAGUCGAAGGAAAGACCAGUCGACCCUGUCGAAGGCCUUUUCUGCGUCCAUGGAUACUAUCAAACUUGGGAUGGAUUUCGACAGGGCUGAAUACAAUGGAGGAGUGAACGUAGUCACCCAGGAACAGGAAGUGUGUUAUUCAGGAUUACCAGUAAUGAUGUGCGGGAGGCUUGGUAAUAAACUCAAGGCCCUGAGAGACCUAUCACCAGUUCUGCUGGUUAACGUUAUUCUCAGCCAGAGCUACAUUUGUGCACUUAUCGCCAUGAUGGUUUGGAGUAUCACCUAUCACAGCUGGUUGACCUUUGUUCUCCUUCUCUGGGCCUGCCUGAUCUGGAUGGUUCGAAAUCGGCGCCAGUUCGCCAUGCUGUGCUCCCCUUUCAUCCUUCUCUACGCCAUGACACUCUGCAGUUUACAGUACGUCUGGAGCAUGGACCUGGAGAAUGAGCUGCCAACGCGACUCGGCUUUAUGAGACUCUCUCAGCUGGGACUGAAACGAGCCCCUUACCCAUGCCUUAACCUUGGCACUAUGCUCCUGUACACUCUGACAUGUUGGCUCCUUUUCCGUCAGUUUGUCACGGAGCAGCUUCAGAAGCGUAAGCGGGUGAGCCCACCUUUGGUGGAGGUGGCUGUUCAUAAAUCUGGUCAGCUUGCAAAGAAGCAUCUGCUAAAUUUUCUAGCAGAGCAGCUGAUGGGAUUCUAUGCCAAAUACUGGAUCUACGUAUGCGCAGGAAUGUUCAUAAUUGUUAGCUUUGCGGGCAGGCUGGUGGUGUACAAAAUUGUCUAUAUGUUCCUCUUCCUUCUUUGCUUAAUCAUCUUUAAGGUGUUUUACGCACUCUGGCGGAAGCUGCUGAACUUUUUCUGGUGGCUGGUGGUGGCUUACACAAUGCUGGUCCUUAUUGCCAUCUACACCUUCCAGUUUGAAGAGUUUCCCAUUUACUGGAAAAACCUGACUUCCCUCACAGAUCAGCAGUUGGGUGCAUUAGGACUGGAGAAGUUCAGUGUGUCGGAGCUCUUUUCCAGCAUCCUCAUCCCUGGCUUCUUUCUCCUGGCCUGUAUCCUUCAGCUCCACUACUUUCACCGGCUUUUCAUGGACAUCACCGAUCUGGCAAGGUCACCAUCUCUGAACAAUACACUACGUACUGGCUGGUAAGCUAUUAAGAGAGCUAAAAUGGGGUUCCCAUGUCUUGAGGAAGAAGAGGAGGAAUAUGCUGAAGAAUAUGCUGAAGAAUGUGCUGAAGAAUGUGCUGAAGAAUGUGCUGAAGACACCUUGCAAGUAAAAACACCUCACGAGUGUUCUUAUGUCCCAGAAAAUUUCAGCAAGUGGCAUCUGGUUGCUCUGCGUCUCACUGUCCUCUUUUGCAAGUUCUCUGAUCGCCUGCACAAGGUGCAGGCCUUCCUGUGGCGGAUCCUGGAGCUGCACGUGCUGAAACUGGUGGCCCUGUACAAUUUGUGGGUGGCCCUAAAUGAGGUUUCUGUGAUGAAUUUCCUCUUUGUCAUUCUGUGGGCAUUUGCUGUCCCGUUUUCACGUUUCCAACACAUGGCAUUAAGUCUGUGUACAAUUUGGACCUCCAUUAUAAUCGUGUGUAAGAUGUUGUAUCAGCUGACUAUUGUCAACCCAGAGGACUACUCCAUAAACUGUACACAGCCUUUUCCUAAUGGCACCAACCUCCUGGAGGAAGAAAUCCAGAAUUCAACAUUGUACCAGUCACCAAUUGAUCCUGCCAAUUGGUUUGGAAUCCGGAAAGGUCAUUCCAACUUGGGAUACAUUCAGAAUCACCUGCAGGUCCUUGUUCUGCUGGUGUUUGAAGCCAUAGUUCACCGUCACCAGACAUUCUACCGCAAGUAUUAUCGGUUGGAGGUGCCUCACAACCAUACCCUGUUUCCAGAGAUUUGGCGGCAACACCUCGAUGAAGGUCUCUUAAGCUGCAUCAAGUAUUUUAUAAACUACUUUUACUACAAGUUUGGCCUGGAGAUUUGCUUCCUGUUGACCGUGAACGUGAUUGGCCAGCGAAUGAACUUUAUGGUGAUCUUCCAUGGUUGCUGGCUGAUCGUGAUUCUGACUCGACGCCAGAGAGAAAAAAUUGCCAAAUUGUGGCCCAAAUACUGUGUAUUUCUGGUAUUCUUCCUACUUUGGCAGUAUCUGCUGUGUCUGGGCAUGCCACCUGUGCUUUGUAUAGAAUACCCCUGGAGGUGGGACCAGAUUGUUCCUGUGAAUUCAGCUCUGAUAAAAUGGAUGUAUCUGCCAGACUUCUUCACUCCUCCGAAUGCCAACGUCCUUAUUUAUGACUUCGUCUUGCUGAUGUGUGUAUCACAGCAGUGGACGGUGUUUGUGAAUGAGAAGAAAGAGGAAUGGUACACAGUUGCUGGGGAGAACGCGGAGCAGAUAGAGUUUCCUGGUAACAGACCUAACCUGGUACCUAACUUCAUCAACUGCCGGUCAUACUUGGACAUGCUAAAGGUGGUGGUCUUCCGGUAUCUCUUCUGGUUUGUCCUGGCCAUUGUCUUUGUCACGGGCGCCACUAGGAUCAGUGUUUUUGGCCUAGGUUACUUGAUGUCCUGCUUUUACCUCCUUCUUUUUGGCACAGCUCUUCUCCAGAAGCCACUGAAGGCAAGGCUAGUCUUAUGGGACUGUCUGAUCAUGUAUAACAUCACCGUUAUACUGUCCAAGAACCUACUGUCGCUUUUGUCUUGUGUGUUUGUUCAGCAAAUGCAAAAUCAUUUCUGCUGGGUGAUUCAGCUCUUCAGCCUGGUAUGCACUGUCAAGGGCUACUACAACCCUCUUGAAGUGGACAAGGGCCACGAAUGUCCUCUGCCCGUGGAAGAAGCUGGCAUAAUUUGGGAUGGCAUCUGUUUUUUCUUCCUCCUGCUGCAGAGAAGAAUCUUUCUCAGCUCCUACUUCCUGCAUGUGGUCUGUGACCUUCGUGCUGCUGCCCUGCAAACUUCCAGGGGUUUUGAGCUGUUUAUGGCCAGUAUAAGGAAGAACAUGGGUUACCACCAUGAAACUGAGAAAAAGUCACUUAGCCAGCUGAAGAAGCAGAUGGAGAGAAUUAGCGCAAAACAGGAGCGUUACCACCAAGAGAGGAGGAAGAGUAAGAAUGUCCUGGAGGAUACAGGAGAGGAAGAUGGUGCAAAGAGGAAGUCUAAAAAGAAGAUCCACUGGAGCCGCCCGUGGUUAGAUCAUGCUUCAGUGUUGCAUUCGGGGGAUUAUUUCUUAUUCGAAUCGGACAGUGAGAAAGAAGAGGAGUCUGUCUCGGAGGAGUUAAAGCCACGCAAACACAGUGCCUUCCAGUUGGCAUAUCAUGCCUGGGUCACUAGUGCGAAGGCUGCACUGAAGGAGAGGAGGAGGCACAGGAGACGCAGAGCAGAAAAGGCUCGUGAUGCACCACGAAAAGGGGAAGCCAAAGCAGAAGGUGGGACCAGUAAUGUGGUGCAACGUAUACUUGAUAUUUUGAAGUUUCUCUGGGUCCUCUUCCUUGCCAUGUUGGAAGGAUUGAUAGACUGGCUGGGCAAACUAACCAAACAGUAUGUGGACAUGUCCACUGUUUUGUGGAUUGAAAGAUACAUUCUGACACAAAAACUAUCCAAGGGGGAGGAUGUGACUGAAAAGGAUCUGAUUAACUUCUAUGAGAAUGGGCCGGACAGAGAAGUAGCAGGUCCUUCUACAGUACCUGCUGAACAAACUCUGGACAAAGGCGUGGAUUCACAUACCAGCAUGGGUUCGAGCGGCUGCGAGGAGGAAGAGGGGCUUACCAGUAGGGUGGAAUAUGCCGACAUAAUAACUCCGCUCACUACUGGCUACAACACCCACAGUAGUAGCAUGGAGCAGAUUUCCACCACUAUGAGCUGGGAGGAGGUGUCCUCGGGAAAAGAGUCCCCGGAGGUUCAGCCAACAAAGCGCUCCCGUACUGCCAGUGAAUUAUUAGUAAUGAGGCCAUUGAUCUACCCAGAACUCUGCGAAUCAAGUAUUUUCCUCAGGUCACGGAGCAUCCCAGAGAGGUUGUUGUUAGCACUGUUCCACUUCUUGGCUGCCCAUUCAGAGUUGCUAUGUUACUUUAUGAUCAUCUUGAACAACAUGGCGAGCGCCUCGCUCAUCUCCCUCUUCCUUCCCAUCCUAGUCUUUCUGUGGGCAAUGCUAUCUAUCCACCGGCCAAGCAAGAAAUUCUGGAUGACAGCCAUUGUGUUUACUGAGAUAAUGGUGAUGAUGAAAUACCUCUGUCAGUUCAGCUUCUUCCCAUGGAAUAGCGACACGGUUCUUGUACGUUAUGAGGGGAAACCAUUCUUCCCUCCGCGCAUCCUCGGGGUGGAGAAAAGUGAUGCUUACAUUAAAUAUGAUCUGGUCCAGCUACUGACCCUCUUCUUCCACCGAUCUCUGCUCAUGAGUUAUGGAUUGUGGGGUCAGGAACAUAUGGACCCUGUACAGAAACCACAGAAAGAGAAAAAGCAAAGCGAGCCUGAAAUAGAGCCUGAAAUAGAGCUCUCCACCACUAUAGACACCAAAGGGAGCUCCAGUUCUCUGAUUCGUCAGCGCAAGAGGAGAGAGUCGCAGACCAGCGAGACUGACAAGGAUGCAGGAAAAGAGAAACCUCAAGAUUCAGAGAAGAAGAAGAAAAAGAGGAAACCCGCUGCUGUCAGAAUGAAGAUGAUUGGUUUGAAAGUGGAAACAGUCUUCAGUCGCAUGGCCAAAGGAGUGUACAACCCUGUGAAAUCAUUCUUCCAUGACAUCUUUCACACUCCAUAUCGAGCAGCGACAGAUGUUUAUGCUCUGAUGUUCCUCGCAGAUGUGGUGGACUUUGUGAUCAUUGUCUUUGGCUUCUGGGCCUUUGGGAAACACUCAGCGGCUGCCGACAUCACAUCAUCGCUGUCUGACGAUCAGGUCCCUGAAGCCUUCCUGGUUAUGCUCCUCAUCCAGUUCUCCACCAUGGUAAUAGACCGUGCUUUGUACCUCCGUAAAACUGUGCUGGGGAAGCUGAUUUUCCAGGUGAUAUUGGUGAUUGGAAUUCACGUCUGGAUGUUUUUCAUCCUUCCAGCGGUAACUGAAAGGAUGUUCAGCCAGAACACGGUGGCUCAGCUGUGGUAUUUUGUCAAGUGUAUCUACUUUGCUUUGUCGGCCUAUCAGAUCCGCUGUGGAUACCCAACCCGUAUUCUGGGCAAUUUCCUGACCAAGAAGUACAACCACGUUAACCUCUUCCUCUUCCAGGGUUUCCGCCUGGUCCCAUUCCUGGUGGAGCUGAGAGCCGUCAUGGACUGGGUAUGGACCGAUACGACCCUUUCCCUGUCCAACUGGAUGUGCGUGGAGGACAUAUAUGCCAACAUCUUUAUCAUUAAGUGUAGCCGGGAGGCAGAGAAGAAAUAUCCUCAGCCCAAAGGUCAGAAGAAAAAGAAGAUGGUGAAAUACGGGAUGGGUGGCCUGAUUAUAGUCUUCCUAAUCUGCAUCAUUUGGUUCCCUUUGCUCUUUAUGUCCUUGGUACGCUCUGUUGUGGGAGUGGUUAACCAUCCUAUUGAUGUGACCGUGACUUUCAAGCUGGGAGGAUACGAGCCUCUGUUCACCAUGAGUGCCCAGCAGCAAUCCAUUCAGCCGUUCACCCAGCAACAAUACGAGGAUCUCACCUAUGAAUUUGAAAGACACCCAACAGCUAUGCAGUUCAUCAGUCUGUACAGUUAUGAGGACAUUGUAACGGCACGAAUAGAGGGCAACUCUGGAUCUAUAUGGGGGAUUAGUCCUCCAAGUCGGGACCAGAUGAGGGAUGAGCUAAGGAAUGGAUCUUCAGAUAUUACACUUCGAUUAACUUGGAACUUCCACAGGGACUUGUCCAAAGGGGGCACGGUUGAAAACACAUUUGAGAAGCACACUAAGGACUUGGACCCAGGAAGUGAGGUGCGGAUGCAACUGGCUGAUCUUCUGGAAGGGAAGCGUUCAACCCCAGUCUGUGUCUCACACUUAUUCCCAAAAUACAUUCGUGCCCCCAAUGGUCCAGAUGCCCUCCCUGUGAAACAGUUACAGCCAGAUGAGGAAGAGAGUUACCUCAAUGUGACGGUUCAGUUGAAUCGUAAACGUAUAGGACAUGGAAGUGACAGCAGCUUCUUGGAGUGGUGGGUGAUUUGCCUGGAAGGCUGCAAGAAAGACUGUGACAUCCUCCCCAUGGUCAUAUUUAAUGACAAAGUCAGUCCCCCAAGUCUGGGCUUCCUGGCAGGAUAUGGGAUUAUGGGACUGUACGUCUCAAUUGUCCUCGUCAUCGGGAAGUUUGUUCGCGGCUUCUUCAGCGAGGUCUCCCAUUCCAUCAUGUUUGAAGAGCUGCCUUGCGUCGACAAUAUUCUCAAGCUGUGCCAGGACAUCUAUGUGGUGCGUGAGCGCGGCGAGCUGGAGCUGGAGGAAGAGCUAUACGCCAAGCUGAUCUUCCUGUAUAGAUCACCAGAGACUAUGAUAAAAUGGACAGUGGAGAAGGACUAAGAUGGUGAUGCGAAGUAAGUUACAGAGCAAUAACUGUGCUGGAUAUGAAAUGCUGGAGCUGCCUGAAGGUCAGAGCAAGUGACAUGAA